AAUGACAGAUGACAGCGUUGGUGCAUUGUAAAUUUUGUCAAUAGUCUAAUCGGCAAAAAAUUGCUAAUUAUCUGUUUCUCUGCAAGAUUUUAUAAGAUCGUUAUGUUUUCUUAGUUAAAUAGCUAUCAUUACAUGUAUUUAGGAUAGUUUAGUGGCUAUGAACUCAGAGUAAACACUGUCGCUAAUAACCUCAAUAUUUUGAUGUAAAUUGACUUUGGUGUUAUAUUAAUUUCCCGCGAUGAGUGGCGGCAAGGGGUUUGGGUUCGCUGGGUUCACGAUGCCCAAGCGGAACCCUUCGAACGUGUCCCUGCACGCUGUCCCUCCGCCGUCGGCUUCUAUGCACGCCGUGCCGCCCCCCACAGCGGGGCUAUCCAAACAGGGCUACUCGACCAUGACUUCUAUCACUCAGAACGCUGUCACGGGCAACUGGGGCAGUUUAGGGAAGAAACGAUCUAAAACAGAGGACGAGUACUUUGAUGAAGAUGAUGAGCCUGCUACUCCAGCGUUAGCAUACAUACCAGCUCCAGGCAGUCCUUCUUAUGAAGCUGCAUCCAAUUAUUUGUAAUCUCAGCCUGACGAGGAUGAAGAAGAUCCUUUGGACGCCUUCAUGGCGGGGCUGGAGCAGCAGGCGGCCAAGGACCUGGUGGCCAGCAAGGAGAACGAGGCCAGCGGCAAGAGCGACAGCGGCCGGGGCACUCGGGGAGACAUUGAUGAGUUGGACGAUGAAGAGAGCUACUACAAAUAUAUGGAAGAAAACCCUCUCAACACUGGUGAUGAUGGUUCAGACAUAGAAAUAGAAUAUGACGAGGAUGGCAACCCCAUAGCUCCCCCCAAAAAGAGGUUCAUUGACCCACUACCUCCUAUAGACCACUCGGAGAUAGUAUAUGAGCCAUUUGAAAAGAACUUCUAUACUCCUCAUGAGGAUAUUGAGAAACUUACCCCAGAGCAGGUUGAGGAACUCAAGAAGAAUUUGGGAGUGAAGAUAACUGGCCCAGACCCGCCAAAGCCAGUGAGCAGUUUCGCCCAUCUUGGCUUCGACGAGCAACUCAUGAAGGCGAUCAGGAAGUCUGAAUACACGUCACCAACACCCAUCCAGGCGGCUGGCGUGCCUGCGGCUUUGUCUGGCAGGGACCUUAUAGGUAUUGCUCGCACGGGUUCCGGUAAGACAGCCGCGUUCCUUUGGCCACUUCUCAUCCACAUUAUGGACCAGAAGGAACUGGCGCCGGGCGAUGGACCCAUAGGUCUUAUACUGGCCCCUACCAGGGAAUUGGCACAACAGAUUUAUAUGGAAGCCAGAAGAUUCGGCAAGGUGUACAACAUACGAUGCGUGUGUUGUUACGGUGGAGGCUCCAAAUGGGAACAAACCAAAGCUUUGGAAGGUGGUGGAGCAGAGAUUGUGGUGGGCACGCCGGGCCGUGUCAUAGACUUAAUCAAAUGUAAGGCGACUAACUUGAAGAGAGUCACUUAUUUAGUUCUCGAUGAAGCCGACAGAAUGUUCGACAUGGGUUUCGAGCCUCAAGUGCGUUCGAUCUGCGCGCACGUGCGUCCCGAGCGCCAAGCCCUGUUGUUCUCGGCGACGUUCCCGCNGGAUUUAGCAAUGUCUGCAUAUGACCUACGAACUGGCGCAAAUUGGGAGGAGGCCUGGGAGUAG